UGAUGGUUACUUUGCGGCUGGUGAUGUGACAAGGCAAACCCUCCCCGCCGCCGCUAGCACUGGUUAGCAAGUUUGUUGACUCUCGCAAUUCCUCGUUUCUCCUGAAAAAUCAGAGCGGUGACACGAAAAAUGGACAACAGCGGGAAAGAAAAGGAAGCGAUGGCCUUGAUGGCUGAGGCCGAGAAGAAGAUGAAGUCGUCGCAGUCGUUUUUCGGAUCGCUGUUUGGGGGUUCAUCCAAGCUGGAAGAGGCCUGCGACAUAUAUGUGAGGGCAGCCAACAUGUUCAAAAUGGCCAAAAACUGGUGUGCUGCGGGAAAUGCGUUCUCCCAAGCUGCUCUCCUCCACCUCCAGAUGCAGAGCAAACACGAUGCAGCGACAAACUUCAUAGAUGCAGGAAACGCCUUUAAAAAAGCAGAUCCACACGAGGCCAUAAAUUGUCUAAACCGAGCGAUUGAGAUAUACACUGAUAUGGGUCGCUUCACCAUUGCAGCCAAACAUCAUAUCAGCAUCGCCGAAAUAUAUGAGACAGAGCUGGUGGACAUCGACAAGGCCAUUGCCCAUUAUGAACAGGCUGCUGAUUAUUACAAAGGGGAAGAAUCCACCAGUUCAGCAAACAAGUGCCUUCUGAAAGUAGCAACCUAUGCAGCUCAGCUGGAGCAGUAUCCAAAAGCAAUCGAGAUCUAUGAACAGGUUGGAACCCACGCGAUGGACAGUACGCUCCUGAAAUACAGUGCCAAGGAUCACUUCUUCAAGGCAGCGCUGUGUCACUUCUGUGUAGACAUGCUGAACGCUAAACUCGCUGUGCAGAAGUAUGAAGAAAUGUUUCCAGCCUUCUCAGACUCCAGGGAAUGCAAGCUGGUGAAGAAACUUCUAGACGCCUGUGAAGAGCAGAACGUGGAUGCCUAUACUGACUCGGUGAAGGAAUUUGACACCAUCUCACGGCUGGACCAGUGGCUCACCACGAUGCUCCUCCGCAUCAAGAAAACCAUACAGGACGAGGAGAGCGACCUUCGCUGACUUCCCUCGCCGAUCGACCUCUUGCCCUCAACAACCGACUUGCAUCCUUCUUUCCGCCUCGAGCCUCUCACUUCCAUUCUAGCGGCGAUCGUAGCUGUUUGACCAUUAGUCCUUAUUUUCUCCCACAGAUAAUGUGUUUCUUUCCUUCCAUCUGCAGUAUUUCUCUUGCCUUUUUUUUUUUAAUCCACUCAACUCUAUAAAAUAUGGUCUUUAUAGAUAGAAACACUACUUUCCUGAGUGCAUCCUGCGCACAGUAUGUUAGUUGUAUAUUGUUAUGAUACAGGUAUCGGCCCCAGAUAUCAGUUAAAUUUUCUUAAUGGGCUCCAAUACCAAAUAUUCAUACCAGCACAUUUAAAUAAAUAAAAAAAAAGCUUUUAUUUGAUUUUUCUUGUUAUAUAAUGGAUGAGAGGAAUUUACUAACACAAGAUCUAUUUUCCAGAAUGUGCUACAAAUAAACACAACUGACCAAAAACACA